AUGAGGCCGAUGCUGAGCCUUACCGGCCGUGUGCGGCAUGCUCUAGCAGGCGGCCGGCACAGCUGGAUGGGAAGCGCAAAGUACGCAGUGCCUGUGGCAUAUGGGUCUCGCUCUUUCAGCAUCUCUGCUUAUGUGGCAGAGAACACUCGGGCCCGACCUCGGACGCCGCCGCCGCGCUAUCCCCCGCGUGAAGCGCCGGAGCCGAUUUUGUUUGACGAGCCAGCCAUCCCGCAUCCUCAUAGGGCUGCUAAUCAGAAUGCCGCCUUCCGACGUGGGACUCGCUUUGUCGGCAUCGGUGGUGCUAUCAUUCUGGUGGUUGGUGGCAUCGCGUAUGUGGGCUGGAACUCCAUCCAAGCUGACACGAACACUCCCUCUGGGCCCUUGGCCUCGCUGGAGUCACUGUACUCGGAUUUGAAGAAAGCAGUAUCUGAGUCUCAAGACACUGCACAGUUCAUGUUGCUCUCGCUGAAACGUUCUACGGUUAUUGUCAAGGCCGUGGCUUUGAGUGUGUGGGACUACCGCCGCGUUCUGAAUGCCAAGUAUGCUACGAAGGAAGAGGAGAAUGAAAGCUUGCGUCUUUGUCAUUUGCGUUCGGCUCAGCGUGUGCUUGUGGCUCUGCAGUCGAACGGCGGUCUCUACAUCAAGCUGGGUCAGCACUUGUCGUCCGUCAUUUUGCUACCGCCAGAAUGGACAGACACAAUGCGGCCGCUGCAAGACCAGAAUGAACCGACGCCUCUACCUGAGCUUGAGGCGCUGUUCAAGGAGGAGACGGGCAAGUCCUUUGACGAGGCAUUCGCCUGGAUGGACCCCAAGCCGCUGGGUGUUGCUUCCUUGGCACAGGUUCACCGCGCUUGCGAUCGCGAGACUGGCCAGGUGCUAGCUGUGAAGAUGCUUCAUCCGAAUGUUGAGCGAUUCUCGGACGUGGAUAUGCGCAUGGUUACUGUGUUGGUCCACUGGGUGAAGCGCGUAUUCCCGCAAUUCGCAUUCGACUGGCUGGCUGACGAGAUGAACAAGAACAUGCCGCUAGAACUGGACUUCCGACAUGAGGCUGGUAAUUCUAUGCGCGCACAGGAAGACUUUAAGCAGUACAAGCAUACCGCUGUGUACUUCCCCCAGGUCCCAUGGGUCCACAAACGUGUCAUGGCCAUGGAGUUUAUUGAGGGUUGCCGUCCAGACGACCUGGCAUUUUUGGCAAAGCAUAAGAUUGAUCGUAAUCGCGUCUCUCAGCAACUUUCCCGCAUCUUUGCGCAAAUGCUGUAUAUGCAUGGCUUCUUCCAUGCGGAUCCGCAUGCAGGCAAUCUGCUUAUUCGCCCCAAACCAUCGUCAGGCUCCCGCUCGCCGGAGAACUUUGAGAUCGUCUUGCUCGACCAUGGUCUCUACUUUGAGAUCGACGAAGAACUUCGAGCCAACUAUGCACGCUUUUGGUUGACGCUACUUUCGCGUACGACACCUCACAUCUCUCGUGAGCGUCGCAAGUACGCCAAGCUCAUCGGUAACAUCGAUGACGACCUGUACCCAGUGUUGGAGAGCGCUAUUACAGGUCGUUCAGGGCUGCAAGGCAGUGAUGAAAAGAACCCGCAUGGUGUGAAUGGCCGUGAACGUAUGUCCUCCCUUCUCGAUACCGACUCAGGGACGACGAUCACGAAAGAAGAGCAGGAUCAUAUUCGCAAGACAGUGUUGGAGAAAGAAGGUAUCAUUAUCAAUGUCAUGGAGCUCUUACGGCGCGUCCCUCGUGCUAUGCUCAUGGUAUUGAAAAUCAACGAUCUUACUCGAUCCCUUGACGCGCACUUGCACACAACGCACGGCCCGGCCCGACCGUUUAUUAUCACAGCUCGUUACUGUGCUUUGGCCGUCCGACAAAGCGACGAAAAGAUCCUGCGUGAUCGCCGUCGCUUGGAAGGGUUGUCGUUCCGACUGUUCAAGGACUAUCUCUGGUCAUGGUGGAACUAUGUAUAUUUCUAUGAUGGACUAAUGCUCCUUGAGCGUUUGUCUGACAUCAAGGCCCGCGUUCGAAAGUGUGCUCUGUACCUAGGAGCUAUGUUCUCUGAUGGGUUUGAUCCCAAGGCAGCUGAAAUGGCCGCCGCCGGCAUCGCAGAGCAAGUGAAGAGCGAGCAAGAGGUCCGACGCGCGCGCGACGAAGCAAUGCAUGCGCUAUCGGGCGAACGGUGA